AUGCUAAUUCCUGCGGCUCGGAUGGGGCCAAAGGCCUGCUGCGCCCUGAGAGGUCCUCCCUCGAGAUACUGAGGAGAAGGGGCGGAGCCACCCCGAAAGGAUGGGCCUUCCUUGGGCCGUCAGAUCUGGUGGGGCCGUCGCUUUUGGAAAGUCCCGGAGCUUCACAAGAAAGCAAAGCUGGCCUUAGGCGAAGAAGAAAGCCCCGCUGACCUCGAGGGUGUUUUAUGGAUUAAUUCUUCAUUGAUUACAUACAACUUCAUUGAUAUAGUUAUGGCGAGUUUCCAGACUUUCAGAAACAGUCAUGUGAAGACUAGAGCAUCUGUCAGAAAAAGCUUCAGCGAAGGUGUGUUCCUGUCUGUAAAGUCUUUAUUACAGAGUGAGAAGGAAUUAUGCAGUGUUUCAGCAGAGGAAUGUUUAAAGCAGGAUGAACAUGCCAGUGUAACUGAGGUCACAUUCUUAGGCUUUAAUGAAGAAACAGAUGCUGCUCAUAUACAGGAUUUAGCUGCAGUUUCUUUGGAACUUCCAGAUCUUCUGAAUUCACUCCACUUCUGCAGUCUGAAUGAAAAUGAAAUUAUUUGUAUGAAGGAUAUAAAUAGAUCAUCAGAUAUAAACAAUAGUCCUAUAAAUCAGAGUCAUCAUUCUGGAAUGCUUUGUGUCAUGAGAGUGUCGCCUACAUUACCAAGACUCAGAAUUGAUUUUAUAUUUAGUCUUCUAAGUAAAUAUGCUACUGGAAUAAGAUACACCCUGGAAACAUACUUGCGUCAGAGGCACGAACUUGAGCCCGCUAAUGAAGAUGAUGACGAUACCAACCAGUCGGUGUCUUCCAUAGAGGAUGAUUUUGUCACUGCUUUUGAGCACUUAGAAGAGGAAGAGACUUCAAAACCAUAUACCGAUGGGAUAAACAUUACUGCACUAAGGAGCCAGUGUGAUGCUGCUUCCCAGACUAUUUCCGGUUACCAUUUAGAAACUCAUGAUUUAAGAAUUCUGGUUAGCUCUGGGCAGCAGAAGUCAUUGGCUAAACCCUCAACUUCCUUAAUAAAUAUUCUGGGACAUAAAGAGCUACCUUCUGUGAAAACUUCAGUCACAACAUCAAUUUCUGAGCCUUGGAUCCAAAGGAGUUUCUAUCGGUCAUCUAAUGCUUCAGAUCAAGGUAGUGAUAUACAGAAAACAUUGUUUUCUUCUUCUCCAGUCUACUCAUCUGAAUCAGAAUGCUCGAGCCCAAGCCCUGUUAUUUUCUUGGAUGAAGAGGGAUAUCAGAAAAGUUUAAAAGCAAAACUAGAGCUGCCUAAAAUUCCUGUGAUGAAAGAUGAUGUAGAGGAUUCAGACUCUGAAGUAAGUGAAUUUUUUGACAGUUUUGAUCAGUUUGAUGAACUAGAACAAACUUUAGAGACUUCUUGUCUAUUUAUAAAAGAUCCUGUCGUAGGGAAGCCAUCGCAGGUGAAAGGGCACAAACAUGAGAAAUCGUGCUCUGUCACCACUGCUAUGAACCCUCAAAAAUUCAAGUUUGAUUGUCCAGCUCUCCCAGCUAACAUCAGAAAACCGACUCCUCGUAAGCCAGAAUCCCCAUAUAGUAACUUGUGUGAUGCUCCGGAGUCUCCUCGCCCAGUGAAGGCAUCGGGGGAAGACAGCGGUUUGUUUAGCCCCAUUCGAUCCUCUGCUUUUAGUCCUCUUGGAGGCUGUACUCUGGCUGAAUGUUUUUGCCAAACAGAUAUUGGUGGAAGUAGGGUUCAUGAAAAUCAUGAUUCCAUUUAUUAUACUUAUGGGGAUUAUGCAGAUAGUGUUUCAUGUGAGGUACUAGGCUCAGUUCUGCAUACACAGCACACUAAUGCGAUGUCACACGUUAAUAGUAUUAAAAAGGGAGAAGAUAACUCUGUGGCUUUUAAGCAUGGAAACCUUGAUCAACAAAGUAAAUCUAAAAAUAAAUCCUUAAUGAUUAAAGAUAGCAUUCAGAAAUUUGCAGCAGAUCUUGUGGAAAAAAGUUUUGGCAGUGCAUUUAAAGACUUACAGAAAGGAGUCUCGUCAUGCACUAACGCGCUGUGCCACUUAGCCAUCAAAUUGACAUCAUCCAUUUUUCAGAUGGCUUUUAAUGAACUGAGAAGGCAGCAUGCGUUUUCCCUGAAAGAGCGUGCCAUUAGUGGACUGGCUAAUUUUUUGGUGAGUGAAGCUUUAUCAAAUGCUUUAAAUGAUUUGCAAUUCGUCAAGAAGCAGAUAUUCACAAACACAGUUGCUAGAUUUGCUGCAGAUCUUGCAGAAGAGCUUGUUUUUGAAGGCAUCAUGGAAGUUUGCCAGUUUUCAUAUCCCCCAACACCUGCAUCUGCACAGCAUUGGUCGUUUGACUAUGAAGACAAAGUAGUGAAGUCGUAUGCAAAAGAUUUGUCUGAAUCUGUAAUACAGGAGGCAUUCAUUGAGCUAUCACAGGUUGAUGUGACUUUCACAACAAAGGCAGCAGUUAGUGUUUCUACAGAUAACAUAAAUUAUGUGAGUGCAGAAAAAGCAGGGCCAGCAACACAGACCUUCACAUUUUCCCCUACUUUUAACAACCAAGCAAUUAUGGUGACAAAACCAACGCAGGAAUAUAAAAAAGAAUACACAGUACAGCAGGCCUUGUUUUGUACUUCCGGGAUCUUUACUUCGAUACCAGUGCCCUUGGCAGGAAGUGCCCUUCUUCCCUACCACAUAUCACCUAAUAGCUAUCAGGCAAAGUCUCAUCUGCCUUCUGAUGAGAGUAAUUCAAAUGGUGAUCCUACCCAAGCUGAUGUUAUCACAAAAAGCAAAGGAAAGGAAGUAGCUUGCCUCAGAAAUAUUUGUUUGCCUUCAGAACACAAUCCAGGUAACCAGAAUGAUCCUAAAUCAACCAAUGAUGACAUUGAAAGGCAAAGCUCUUCAGAAUUAAAUGAUCCCACAAUUAUUAACAACUUUUCUGCGGCAAUGGUGCACACAAUAGUAAAUGAAACCUUAGAGUCAAUGACAUCAUUCAAAGGUACUAAAACAGCUGAAGAACACACAGGUUAUUUAACUAAAAUGGUAGGGGGAGAAACUCCUCUUUUCCAUUGCGAACGCACAGAAUCACAGAGUGAAGCUGACCCUAAGGACAUGUUUGCUGACCGAUUAUCUAAAUAUAUUAUUAAACAUUCCAUAGAUAAAAGCAAAUCAGUGAUCCCAAAUACAGAAAGAAAUGUGGUAAACAAAGAAGAUUUGCCUGUUCCUGGAGAAGAGUCACGGCUGACCUUGGAAAAGUUCCCCAAAUUUCUUGAUGAUCAAGAUCACUUAACUCAUUAUUCACUUUCAGGAGGAAUGGAUUGUGUUCCAGAAUGUAAAGGUCCCGUGGCCCAUGGAUUUUCUUUAGAGACACCACUACCUUGUUCAACUGUAGCGGUUCAGAAGCAUGAUUUGAAGGAACUUGUUAAGGAUAAACCAGUGAAAAAGCAUAACUUGAGUAAUACAGCACUUGAGCCCUUGCCUUUUGGGCAAGAAAACCCCUUUCCUCAUUCACACACCCUCUCUUCUACAGUGCUUUCCUGUGUAGAUGGUUUGCAGGUAGAAGAUAAACAGAAAAUCAAAGACGGAAAUGUAAUACCUGAUACUCCUCCAUCAACUCCUCUAGUGCCAUCCCAGGCUAAUUCUGAAUGGGACAUUAAGAAGUUAACCAAAAAGCUCAAGGGAGAAUUAGCCAAAGAAUUUGCCCCUGCCACACCACCAUCUACACCUCACAACCCAUCUGUUGGUAGUUUGUCUGAAAAUGAACAAAAUACUAUAGAAAAAGAAGAGUUUAUGCUGAAACUCAUGAGAUCUCUUUCAGAAGAAGUUGAAAGUAGUGAAAGUGAAGAGCACCCAGAAGUGGAUGUGAAGUUGGAGCCCUCAGUGAAGAAAGUUCAGUUUGCAGAAGCAUUAGCUACACACAUCAUUUCUCUUGCAACAGAAAUGGCAGCUUCCCAUUUAGAUAAUAAAAUAAGUCAAGAACCCAAGGUUAAAAGCUCUUACUUAGAUGUCCAAAGUCAAAGAAGUGUGUCUCCUUUUUCAGGUUGCUCAGAUGAAAAUUUACAAAUAUUGCGGAAUUUUGCAGGUGAUAUGGCGGCAGAGGUGAUCACAGAAGCUGAGAAAAUAGCAAAAUUUAGAAGUUGUAUGCUUUUCAGAAAAAAGAACUAUUGUUAUGUUGAUGAUUUCUGUUUCAAAAGAGGUGACCGUGAUUAUAGAACAGAAGACAAGUUGGAUAUAGAGGCUGUGAUACAUCCAAAAGAAGUGGAUCCAUUUAUUCUUUCAGUACCACCAAGUUCUUGUACGUUGGGUCUGACAUGUAAGUAUCCCAGCUGUGAAAGUGUGACCGACGAAUAUGCAGGUCAUAUUAUCCAAAUACUAAAACAGGAAGGUGGUAACAGUGAGUUAAUAAUGGAUCAGUAUGCCAAUAGGCUUGCGUAUAGAUCUAUUAAGUCGGGAUUACAAGAAGCAGCUAAGUCAACCAAAAUGACGUGCAGUGCAAAAAUGUUCCCUGUGCACGGUUCACAGGUCAAAUCCAAGAAUGAGCUGCUAAUGAUCUUAAAUAAAGACCACCACCAAGAAGUAGAUAAAAAAAGACAAACUACCAGAAAUGGAGACUACCUUUGUAAAAAUCAAAGUUGUGAAAGGACACAGGACAUGUAUCGAAAUGAGUGCUCUGAACUGUAUAGUUUUUCAGCCUUUCUGGCUCACAGCAUAACAAGAGAUGUUAAAAAAGAGCUAACAGAGUCUACAGUUGGCUUGCCAAAAUCUUUAACAGAUUCUUGCCUUUGUGAAAAGUCUGAAUGUGAUGAAGAUACUAAGUCUCAUGUUGAAUCAGAAUUUCCCACGUCUCUUCAGUCUUCCUCGCAAACUCUCAGAUUUUACCACAGUACAGACAGAUUAAAUGAAUAUGGUUUUGGAGAGAAUGCCACUGAAGCUAUAGAACAGUAUGCAGAAAAAGUAGUGGAUGACACUUUAGAGCUGAGUUUAGAAUCUGCAGUUUUCCAAGUAUCCAAGACCACAAAAUCAGCAGAUAGGAUUACUUAUGCAGAAAAGUUGUCACCUCUUGUAAAUGAAGCUUGCAGAUUUUGUAACCUGAAGGAGCUCCACGAUUGCACUGGAAAUGCAUCACAGCACUUUUUUGGACAGGAUUCAUUUGCUGGUAGUAAGUCAGUUUCUAAUUCAAAGUUUAGCAAAAUCUAUCAGAAAUCUAGAAUUUUCCAUCUCGAUGUGCCUCAGAUCCAUGUUAAUCUUGAUCAGAAGACAGUGCUGGCUGAGAAGAUAGUGGCCGAAGCUAUUGGAAAAGCAGAGAGAGAGCUGAGCAACACCAGUUUGGCAGCUGACAGUGGAAUUGGGCAAGAAGGCGUUAGCUUUGCUGAUAGCCUUUCCACAGAAAUACUGACGUCUGCCAUGAUGAAUGUUGGCCAUGCCGCUGGCAGUUCAAGAGAAAAUGAAGACUUUCAGUCAACUGAGUCCUUUGGUAGCCAGCAGCUGAACCUCAGUAUUGGUGAUGACAGCACUGGGAGCUGGUCCAAUUUAAGUUUCGAGGAUGAACACCAGGAUGAAAGCAGCAGUUUUCAUCAUCUAAGUGAAAGUAAUGGUAACAGCAGUAGCUGGAGCAGUCUUGGUUUAGAAGGAGAUUUGUAUGAGGACAAUUUAUCCUUUCCAACAUCAGACAGUGAUGAACCAGAUGACAAAGAGGAAGAGAAUGAAGACAAUGUAGAAGGUUCGGAGCAAGAUGGAAAGACUCUGCUAAUCACGAAUAUUGACAUGGAGCCAUGCACAGUAGACCCCCAGCUGAGGCUUAUUCUCCAGUGGCUGGUUGCCUCUGAGGCCGAAGUUGCAGAACUUUAUUUUCAUGACUCUGCUAAGAAGGAAUUUAUGCUGCUUUCAAAACAAUUACAAGAAAAAGGAUGGAAAGUGGGCACGCUCCUGCAGGCUGUGCUUAGAUACUAUGAAGUGACGGAAAAGACUUCCAGUGAGGAGGGAUGCCCCUCGUUGUUUGAUUGGCUCUUGGAAAAUGCAUAGGACAAACCCAAACUAGUGUAAUUUAUUAUUUGUUUUGGGAGGGGAAGAAACAGAUAAAGAUGCAUAGGGUAAAAUUUGAAUAGUGAAUGUUAACAUUUAAAUGAAUUGGGAGGAAGGCAAAUAUAACUUUUUAAGUGCUUUGGGUCACAGGGUGUAUAUAGUUCAUACUUUUGUAAUCUCAAAAUAUUUAGCUCCAUAUGCUCUUCUAUCCACAUGUGUAUUGUGUUCAAACCCUAAAAACACAUACAUGAAGGAAGGUCCAACCAUGAGGUUUUCGGCGGCAUGUCUGGCAGCAUUCUGUUGGCAUCCAAAUGGUCCUCCUGGAGACCACCGCACUGAGCUGGCUAUGGGUAGGUCCAGCGACAGAGUCAGAAUUUUGCCUGCUGCAGAUAUAGCAACAGGUAUUUGCCUUUGCAAACAAAUGGUGUCCUACUAAUAAUUAAUCUGACAUCAAAAAUGAAACUGAAGCUAAGUUUUUUUCAUUGUACCCUGUUUUUAUAAGUCAGUUUUAUUUUUGUAGUUCAGCAAUUGGUAGCUGUUGGUUUAAUUUAAUUCCUUAGCAGAAACAUUAGUAUUUUAGAUUUCUACAAAUACCAAAUUGUGAUAGUUUCCAUAGCCUUUCUUCAAACAACAUUAUAUGCUGAUGCUGCCAGCCAUUCUGGCAUGAGUGUGUGUGUGUGUGUGUGUGUGUGUGUGUGUGUGUGUGUGUGUAAAGGAGUCCCCUGACCUUGCAAGAGGUUCAUGCUCUCUUUCAUUUUACUGUUUUCUUGGUUAGAAACCCACUGUUAAUGUUAAAAAAAAAAAAGGGGGUGCUUUAAAAUAAAAAUGUCUAUAAAGAUUGUGCAGUAGGAAUUUUUAUUUCUCUUUUUGACUACUUUGGGUCCCUAGCUUAUCCUAUAAGUGAAAAUUGAAAUUGCAAAACAUGUUAAAAUUUUAGAAAUGAUUGUUAAUAAGAAAAUGCAUUUAGAGAAGGCUAAUAAUCCUUGUCAUUGUUGGAAUUUUGAAAAAACAAAAAAAAACUCCCUGUUAGCAAAAUAAGCUUUUUCCUGAAAAAUGAGGAUUUUUUUUUUUCCCCAGAUAAAAGUAUCUGUACUCUUUUGUAAAUUUCUCUGACACAAGCCUUCCAGGUUCUGCAUUUCCCACUGCCUUGUCUUUAGAAACUGCAAGUUGACAUGAUUAGAGAACGAAGAUCAUUUCUUGGGUUUGGGUGUGUGCGUAUGUGUGUAUGAAUUUUGUUUUUUCCACUGGUGGAUUUUGUAAUGUAGGAUAAAUCACUUUUUAUGGGGUCUUUGGUUUUCUUCCAUUAAAUGUUUUUUUUUUUUUACCUUAAGCACUGGAUGUUCUGAAAGCUACACAAGAUGUAGAAGACAUGGCACCCAUGGGGGGACAGGGAAUAAGGGCACUUAAGUGAAUUUGAAUUAAUAAUUAUACUAAAGAGAUGUGUUUUAUAGUGAAAGGUUCAAAUUUGCUUUUUAAUAAAAGUGCCAAAAGUUAUUUAAAUAUUUUGUGAGAUUACAUUGUAAGCUUUAGGUUUUCUUAAUUUAAGACUACAGAAAUAGAGCAGGCCUUAAAUAUAAAUAUUUGCUAAAGUUCUUCAAGUAUUUUUUAAGGCGGAGGGAUAUAGGAAACAUAUACCUAGAAUUGUUUUUGUCUUUAGCUUUUUAGAACUUGAGAUGCGACAGCACUGGACUGGGCUUUAGAUGUUAGAAACAGAAAUGUUUGCUCUUGUUAAUUAUGGUAUAAUUUAAUUAAUUUAGUGCAUUUUUACAAUUAUAUUAAAUAUCAGAUUUUGUAUAGUAACUUGGAUGUAUGUCUCUAUGGGUUUGAUCAACAGCAAAACUGAAAUCUGAAUUUCUUUUGAACUAAAAUGUUAUAAUAGUUUUGCAAAACUUUUUGUGCUUGAAGAUGUUGAUGUUUAUUUCUCUUCUGGUAAUGAUAGUUUUGGGGUAGGAUUUUCCUUAUAUCCUUGUUUACUUUGCAUUUUUCCGGAGCUGUGCUGGAUUCAGAGUUCCCUUAUUUAACCACUAUAUAAUGACCAAACAGGUAUUGGUGUUAGCAGGCCUAGUGAUAAUAAUCAUAGUGGAAUUCCACACUUGUAUCAGUUCAGUGCAAGAGCAAAGAGAAAAAUAUUAAGUGUUGGCAGAUGUGUAAAAAAGUGUGUUAAGCUUUCUUAGAGAAAAGAUUUGAGUUUAGAGCAGUAUCUUUUAACCAAGUUCAGCCUGAGUUGACUUUCUUUAGAGGCACUUUGUAUAUGUGAUUUUCCAAAGACAUUUUAGAUCUGUUUGUUUGCUCAGUCUUUAGAAUAGCUAUGUUGAGGACAGCUCUCAUUGUCUUAUUACAAAUCUGCUUGAUGUAUUUAUAUUGUAACAUUGUAAUAUUGCCACUCUGUGCAUUUGGGUCCUUAUGAAGUACCCUGUUUUAUUCAGAACCAUUGGCAUUGUGAUGCACGUUGAGCAUUGAGCUAAAUUCUCUGUUUAUCCAUUUAGGAACCAUUGAAUGACAUAUGGAAAGAAAAUGAAUGAUUCCUCUGAUAGGGGUUUUUUUGGAACAUUCUGUGUUUUUAGACUGAGAUGUGGUAAUUACUUUCACAUUCUUGUUUUCCUAAGCCAAGCUUAAAUCACGUUUUAUAUUUGUGGUAUUAUUAAUGUUGAUUUUGAAAAUAUUUCCUGAUUUAUACAAAGGAAUGAUUCAUUUAUAAAUCACAGAAGAAAAUGACAUAUCUUUUUGAUGGUUUGAUAGAAUUUAAUGCAGUUAUGAAAACUUUGAGAGUGGUUAUUUACUAAAUAUGUAUGAUAACAUCUUUGUACUUUGAAAACUGUUCCCCUUGCCCUUAAUAUAUUUGAUGUGAAUUGAUUCAAUUCAUAACCUUUUAAUUUUGCUUAAAUAAGGGUUUUAUGUUGCUGAUAGGUUAAUUGAAUUGCUUAUUAAGUGUACCACACAAUAAAGCAAGGGAGAGAUUUUCCCACAUGGCUUUGAUAUUAGUCCACGUUCCCCAAAUGCAAAAUUUAAUCCAGUUUCAUCAGGAGAGUCCAGACUCAAAUGUCUACUUUAUUUGUUUAGCUAACAUUAUUCUUAGAAAAUUAAUAUUGUCAGUUUCCCAUUCACUUUAAAUUUUACAUUUUUCAAAGAACACUUUCCACAGAAUUGUUUUCAAUAGCACAUUCAUACUCAGUGUGUAGGGAAGAUACUUGGCAUUUAAAACCCUGUCACCAGUUCAAGAGAAUUAGAGCUUCUAUGGGAAUUCAGAAAUGCAUUUUUCUUUUUUCAGGAAAAAACAAACAAACAAAAAAACCCUGCAAGCAUUUACCCAUUUGCUGUAUUCCUGCUCCAAAGACGCAGAUACAGUGUUACUCAGUCUUGUCACUUUACUUAUUUAUUUAUUUUUUUUUACCAUCCAUGUACAUUCCUUUUGUAUGGGUAGAGUUGUAAGUCUAGAAAUUCAUUUUUGUUUUGUUUUUGUUGUAAUGUUUGAAUACUAUUUAAUAUCAGGCUUUAAUAUUGCUGGAUUUGCUAUGUUUGGUUACUUGUGCAGUGUUAAAGGUAAUCCACAUUCUUGUUUAAUAUGCCAGAUAUAUAUCAAAAGCAGCUUUGAGUAAUUGUAGCCAUUUGUGCUGAAUUACUACAUUAAGAUCUUGUACUAUGUAACAGUAACUUUUAUUUUUGCUUUUCAGUAAUUUAAUAUGUUUACUUACCAAACUGGGAACUUUCGGGAUGCACCAAAAUUUUCUUUGUUUUACCAGUGGCUCAAAACAUUUCAGAGAUUACUUUUGUAAUAAUUUGCAAGUAACUGCUCUUUUAUCUUACAGUUGUUUAAGCCUGUGAUCUUUCCUCUCCCAACUAUAAAUUCUCCAAUAAAUUUAAGAGAUGCCUGGC